AUGAAUAUCGUCAACAUGUACAACCAUUUGACAUUUAUGUAUAUUGCCGAACAGACACGGAUGAAUGUGCACUCGGCACGCACAACGUGUGGGAACAUAGACGGCAGUUACACCUGUACAUACAACAGUGGCUACGCAGGAAGUGGUACUACGUGUGAAGAUGUGAAUGAGUGUUUGGCCGGUGCAGACAACUACGAUAUGAACGCUAUUUGUACAAAUACUGUCGGCAGUUUUGAAUGUACUUGCGAUGAGUUCCACAUUGGCGACGGUGUCACCUGCAUAGAUAAGGAUGAGUGUGCACUCGACACGCACAACUGUCACUCCAAUGCAACGUGUACAAACACAGACGGGGGCUUUACGUGUGCGUGUAACAGUGGCUACACAGGAAUUGGGCAUACAUGCACAGAUAUAAACAAAUGCCUGGUCAAUACGCACAAUUGCGAUGAGAAUGCUCAGUGUACAAACACCGACGGGAGCUUUGAAUGUGCAUGCGAUGAAUUCUGGACAGGCGAUGGACUUAUCUACACAGAUAUUGACGAAUGCGACUCUGCCGCAAUCAUUGAAUGUGAAAACGAAGGCGAUACUGUUGUAUGUGUAAACCAUGUGGGCGCAGAUUACACCUGUGAGUGUAAUCCCACCGGCUACCGCGACCCAGAUAACUCCGACGGGUUCAAUUGCGUGGCGUAUGCUGGAGACCCUGCCAAGUGUGCUGACUACCAUUUGGCCGCAAACUGUCCCGACGGUACACUUAGAAAUUCGGGUAACCAAGGCAACUGCGACCCCGAACGGGGCUGCGCAGAGUCGUGCUGUACAGCGGAUCAAGGGUAUGUGCUAGCUGAUGAUGAUGAAGCAGUCAGCCUUAUCUCAGACAUUGAGUUCCGAUCUGGUUUACCCUGGUACUUUCACUGCCUGGGUGCCUACAGGCUCAUCGAGUGUGCCGUACGAAACUGUCAAGCUGACACCACUGCGUUCAACCUCUCGAAUGGACAGCUGGAGUCCGCUCUUGAUACAAGUGCACCGAAUGCAUUCUCAGCUGGUGAUGAGCUAGACAACUGCCCCACGACUGCAGACACCGAUGGACUGGGCACUGUAGGAGAGUGGAUGAUACGCACCUCCCUGGGCAGCAGUACCAAUCGAGCAUUCAUACUUAUCGUACUUCCAGACAACAACCCCACCAAUGAGCUGGCUGCGUAUAUAUACGACAUCAGGCAGAGACAGGGCAGUGGAGAAUUCAAUCCUUUCACCUCGCAAUGGUACAUCAGUUCCUACGAUUAG